UCUACCCUGUGCACUUCAAAAGAGACCAGAAUGAACUGUCUCCUCUUAAUCCAAAUUACCCAGUUACCAGACACAGAUUUGAAGCAGCGUCUUUGAUUUCUGUGACUGAUUUGAAGCAGCAGAUGGUCUGUAUUUAGUCCUCUGCCCUAUCCAGGUACUCUGUGCUCUGCAGAGAUGAGUGUUCAGAUCUCCUCAGGCAUAUGUGGGACUCUUCAGCAUCUGUGGCACUGCAGUAAUCAAAGGGAUGAGAGCACUGUGCCGCAGGAGGACAGCAGGGCUUCCUAGGUUGCAUUCGCUCAUUAAGGAUGAAUGGGAUAACACUGGACUUGGAAGAAAGAGCAAAAGUCACUCUAGGGGUGAAACCUGGCUGCUCUGGCCACUGCACAAGCUAUGGAAUGUACUGUGCCAACGGAGGAAAGUGUGUUGAGAAAUACAAUGGCUACUCCUGUGAUUGCUCCAAAACAGCAUAUGAUGGACCAUUUUGCAUUAAAGAUGUUGGAGCAUUUUUUGAAGAAGGAAUGUGGCUUCGUUACAACUUCCAUUCCCCAGGGACUAGCAUGAAGGAUUUAGUUAGCCGAACACUGUUGAGUUCUACAGAUCCUGAGAUUACAGCGACCAACCAUAACUUGAAUAAAGAAGAACUCAGCUUCAGCUUCAGUACCACCAAGUCCCCUUGUGUCCUUUUGUAUAUCAGUUCCUAUACCCAGGACUUCAUGGCAGUGCUUGUCAAGCCAUCCGGGAAUCUGCAAAUUCGGUACAGCCUAGGAGGUACCAAGGAGCCAUAUAACAUUGAUGUUGACCACAGAAACAUGGCAAACGGACAGCCCCAUACUGUUAACAUCACACGGAAUGAACGGGACAUCAUACUACAGAUUGAUCACUACCCUCCAGCAACCUAUAACCUGCCAGCAGCAUCUGACAUUCAGUUCAACUCCCCAAAGGCACUCUUCCUAGGAAAAGUCAUAGGGUUAUUUGCACAGGAGCAGCAGCUGUCAUCUGCUGCCAAUCAGUGA